AUGAGUGUUGUCGCCAGUAGACCCGAGAGCGCUGCUGUGCCCUAUACCUCCGCCCCUCAUCAUGCCCUCCAUGGGUACAAGGAUUCCGCAUAUACAAACGUGACGGUGCAGCCGGUCUCCUCCCGAACGUCGUCGGUUUCCUCCUUCAAAUCCAACUAUACCGUAUCAACAUCCCCAACUGUCUACUCGCCAACCGCCUCCCCGAUCCCCUCAUAUCAUCUUUGCGACUCGGCCGCCUCCCUGGAUAAGAUCCUCGAGUCGAUUUUCAAGAAACUGCCGCCGGAGAUCUUCGACACCAUCUUGGAUCAGCUUGAAUUCUUGCAUACCAGUCCCGGCCAGUCUGGGUGCUUAACGUGCUACCAGCGCGACCUGCAUGCCUUGUCCCUGACCUGUCGAGUCUGGGAGAAGGCCGUGAGAGCGAGACUGUACACUCGUAUUCAUAUUAUCGGCUGUGAUUCGCCUGCGCAGUUAAAGAAAUACCGCUUGAAACGAGGAAGUCGGUUGAAGUUGUUGCGACGCACUCUACGGGAAAGACGAUUGCUGGCCAAUCUUGUCAUCGAACUCCGUGUCCCACAACUAGACGUCUUGUUCACGACAAGCAAACACAGCACCCAAUGGCAGGAAUACCGAGACUUGGUGGCCUCCGUCGUCAUGGUUUGCCCGAAUCUGGAGCGACUCUUAGGGUUGAUGAUCCCUUACAAUCACGAGUUCGAUCGACUGACCCACGCCUUGUCGACCCGGAAAAAGCUGAAGGAGCACACAUGGCUCCUAGGCGAGGCUCCCGAAGCUUUGGAGGUAUCUCCUCGGAGCAUGUCAUGUCCCGGCAGUCUAGGCCCCUUGCAGAUGUAUGAGUUUCUGGAUUACCAUGUCUCUUGGACCAAACUGGAGACCUUGACGAUGUACGGAUGGAGCGAAAAGACUGCUGUCGAACCCAGCAUCUUCCUUCGCAUGUUCAGCCUCUUGCCAUCGCUGCGAAAUCUGUGCAUCUCGAACUUCAAUGCCGACGCCUUUGCAGACAGGCCUCCGCGCAAUACACUUCACGGCCCAGAAUCCAAUUCCUUGAAGUCGCUGGCCCUCAUCGAGCAAAACAUCAACUCUCUUCUUGUGAUCUCGAAGAUACUGGCCUCACUUGGACAGCUGGAACGAUUUAAGUUCGUCCAAACCGAAAAGUGUCCUACCCUAAACGCCGAAGGCAUGAUCUUCCAACCAUUGUUUGCUUCUUCCAGCCUCAAAUUCCUGCACUGGGAUGUGGCUUGCCCCGAUCCGAACACCGCUCUCACCAGACUCGACUAUGCCCCGUUCAUGAAACCUCCACGCCAUAUCGAAACGCCUAACUCUCAUCUCGCCCAAAGCAUCCUUUCCGCCGGAUUCCCCCGUCUAGAGGCUCUUCGGGCCCCGUCGGAUAUUGAACCUCCAGGCGUUCUUCAGGCCGUCUGCAAACCGCUCCCCAGAGCACAGGCGUUGCAGCCGGCAGACCGAUACUGCCUUCCCCGAAGUUCUCAUGGCUCAGUCAAUACCAGACCGAUGGCUCUUCCUGGCGGCAACAACCUGACCUCAGCCCGGAUUCGCGCGCAAACAUUCAUCGAUAUGGCGGCCAAGGACACGGAAACCGGCAUGCAGGUCCUAAUCACCGAUCACUCUGACGGAUAUAUUCCCGACAACGCCCUGGAGGAAGCCGCCGAAGAAGAAUCGGAUAUGGAAAUGGACGAGGAGUCGAUGUGGGGAAUGCGAGAACACUCUAAAGGAAGCACUUCCCCUGAGGCUCAUGACGGCCCCGUCACUGUGUUCGAUUUCCGGAUGCCCGCAUACAUGGGUAGAUCGGGGGCAAAGACCAGUGACAAGGACGUGUCCAUCCCUCGCUUCAUCCUCCACCCCGACAUGAAGGGGCAAGAUGCGGAUGGUGGCCUUGUGAGCUGGAAGCAUAUUCUGGCGUCCAAUCAGUCUCUGACAUACGCUGCCGGCGUUGGUGUCAACUGCUUCGGUAAUAAACCCACCAUGAGCCCGUCCCCUGAAGAACCACCGUCUCCAGCAACGACAACGACACCGCGAUUCGGUUGGGGUGGCAUCGGCAGUCGAUCCGGGCUGGCUACCAGCCCCAACACGUCCUCGACUCCCCCAACUCCCAUGAGCCUCUCAUCGCCCACUGGAUUACCCUGGGACAAGGACACCUGCACUGGAUCCUGGAACUACAGCCACAAGAAUGGCCGUGAUUGGUGGUUUCACAUGGAGCGAGACCGUCCGGAAAAUGUCAAGAUCGUUGACGUCCACAAUCUCUUCUAA